CGUUUUUGGGGGGUGGUUUCUGGCUCCUCGUUCAGGCUCCUUGUAAGACCUUUCUCUCUCCGCUAGCUCCAGUGCGUUCGUGGGAAGUGAGAUUGCAUCAAAAUGUCUCUUUACCCUUCCCUGGAAGAUCUGAAGGUGGACAAAGUUAUUCAGGCUCAGACUGCCUUUUCUUCAAACCCAGCUAAUCCAGCGAUCUUGUCUGAAGCCCCUGCUCCUAUUCCUCAUGAUGGAGGCUUAUAUCCAAGACUGUAUCCAGAACUUUCUCAGUACAUGGGCCUGAGCCUCAAUGAAGAAGAAGUGCAGAGAAACUUGCCAGUGGCAGCAGCUGAUCAGUCACAGGGUCAGCUGGUAUCACGACCUUCUACUAAUUACAUGGUAGCUCCAGUGACUGGAAAUGAUAUUGGAAUUCGCAGAGCAGAAAUUAAGCAAGGCAUCCGGGAAGCAAUUUUGUGUAAGGAUCAAGAUGGCAAAAUUGGACUUCGCCUUAAGUCUGUUGACAAUGGUAUAUUUGUCCAGUUAGUACAGGCAAACUCUCCAGCAUCUCUAGCUGGUCUGCGAUUUGGGGACCAAGUUCUGCAGAUCAAUGGUGAAAACUGUGCAGGAUGGAGUUCUGAUAAAGCACAUAAAGUUCUGAAACAGGCCUCUGGAGAGAGAAUUUCAGUGAUCAUUCGGGACAGGCCUUUUGAACGAAUUAUUACGAUGCAUAAAGACAGUACAGGGCAUGUUGGUUUCAUAUUCAAGAAUGGAAAAAUAACCUCAAUAGUGAAAGACAGUUCUGCUGCAAGAAAUGGACUUCUUACAGAGCACAAUAUCUGUGAAAUUAAUGGCCAGAACGUAAUUGGCUUGAAGGACCCCCAGAUAGCAGACAUCUUGGCAACAGCUGGGAACGUAGUGACCAUUACCAUCAUGCCUUCCAGUAUUUAUGAGUAUAUAAUAAAGAGGAUGGCAACUAGCAUUAUGAAAAGCCUGAUGGAUCACUCUGUUCCUGAAGUCUGAACUUUGUGUGUACGCAUAUAUACAUAUAUAUAUAUGUGUAUGUAUAAUGAGAAUUCCACUAAACUUGGGCUAUUAUACUCAGUGAUUUCUUUCUUCUGCACAUGAGCCUUUCUGGAGGCCCAGAGAAGAUAUGCUGCAUCAAACAUUUGCAUCUGUUAUGGCUGGGAAUGUUACAGUUCAACAUGUUAUCUUGUUUCUUCACAGACUGUAAAACUUGUAGCCUUAUAUGCUUGACAAAUGUGAAAUUCCAAUUGUUAUGACUUCUUGUAAUAGGUCUCUUAGUUUACUACUACUAUAAGCCAUUGCAACUAAAGGAACCAGCUAUCACUUGCAAAGUUAUGUAUUGUUACUUACAACCUAGAACAAUGCUGUGCUUUGUAUGUUUCAGACAAAACAAGUAUUUUUAUCACUUUGUUUGCAACAGUAGAUUUGAAAUAGCAUAUUAGAAAUAUGGCUAGUACUAGUUUGUUUUUGUUCUAGUAGAUUCAGUUUACACAA